UUUUCUUUUCUUAUAUUCUUAACAUAAUCUAUAAUUUAUGAUGGCUUUAUUGAAAGUUAACGGCACUGUAACAAAACAAAUGCUUAAACACUAAGAUACAUUGUUUGGGAGUUCUGUGAUUCAAUCUUAUCUUUAACACAGCUGUGAUUUCAAAUCAAAUUCUCAUUGUGUUGUCAAAACAUCACUCUUUGCUUUUCCACUAGUUGAAGCCUCUUCGACAUGCUGCCCCAAUUUAAGUAAACAUGUCCAAAUUGCUCAAAUUCUUCAUAAUCGCUUCAAUGUUAAAGUCUAUCGCAGAAUCAUGCGACGCCAACAAAUUCGUUAAAACUGAAGGCAUGGAACUGCAAAACAAAGUGGUUAAAACAAUUCAAAAAAGUUUUCUGGAGCUCUGCUGGGAAGAGUGUUUGAUGUUUCGACAAUGGUGCCAGUCUAUCAAUGUCCGUAAAGUCCUUGGAAUGUUUUACGAUUGUGAUCUGAAUAGCGCCAAUAAACUUGCACCAGGUGRCUUAGUGAGAAGAGCUGAUUCAGACUAUUAUGAACUUGAGAACCUUGACCCAGCAGUUUGCAGCAAGAUAAAGUGCAUAAGCUGCAAGCUUGAUCUUCUAAACUCUUCAAUUUGGGACUAUGUAACCAUGACUCCAGGAAUUGACCCAGAUGUGAACGAGUUCAGYUUAAGCUUUUGGCUGAAGRUCCCUUCUUCAUAUAAAAAGACRCUCCAGAUCUUUUCUUACAAGGCAACUGACCAUUCCUCUUUGUCUGUGGAAAUAUUACUGAAUGGAAUUACGGAGAUCAAGGUCAAUGAUAGAGUAGUGUCAAUUCAAUCAAACUUUUAUCGAAACGACUCGUGGCAAAAUUUCAUGAUCGCAUGGUUUUAUAGCKGUGGUAAUGUUACAUUGUACAAAGACGGGGAAAUGAAGUCUGGAACAAGUAUGACAUCUGGAAAAGUCAAGAAUGGCGGGAAAAUAUACCUUGGUCAAUUUCAUUAGUAAAAAUGAAAAAAAAUGACCUAGGAAGGCCCUUGGUGCUAGCAUGGCAUACAUUCAGAUUUGGAAAACGGUACAACAUUAGAUAUAGAUAAAGAUACAAUGUAAAUGCAUGUCUUUGAAUUUAAAUUUGUCAAUCAGAAACACUCUGUUUGGGAAUGCCCUGAACUCAAAUUAUAGCAACGAAUAUGUAUAGGUUGAAACCUGCUCAUCUAGACGUCUUYUAUCGAUUAAGCAAGCAUUCUAAUAGCCUCACCUAAGACAAGAGCGAAUGAUAUUUAAACUAUCGUUAUCUCGAUUCCUUUCAUGUUAGCAUUUGUAACUAAGCGAAACUGAACUGAUCGAACUGYGAGGCACUGAAAACAGUUCUCGAGUGCAAUCUUCCACACCAGGUGUAACCGGCAAUUAUAAGUACAGGAAAUUGCACGACCUUGAGUACAAUUUGGAAUUAAUAGUCACGAGUAAUGUUCUGAAAGUUCUUGAUAAUUGCACGGGCUCCAYGAAUAUGCAAUGGCAAUUUUUAAGGGCUGAGAUUAUAUUAUAGCCUUGUUAGAUAUAUCAGUCAGAGAGAAUUCUCUUCACUUCAUGGACAAUUUUGUUAGUAUUAUUGCUCAGUUACAUCUGUGAAAUAAAGUGGGUA